UUAUGAGCCAAUUGGCCCUCAUGCCUUUUUCCUAGGUGGAAGAAUGUAUGGCAUUCUAGCCUAGACUCGUGGCUAUCGGACUGAGUUUUAUUGAAGAGUAGCAAAGGAUAGACGGAGACAGUGAAAUCAUCAUGCAAUCAGAGGUAUACAGUCAUAAAAGAGAGAUGGUGGCAAAACCUCGACCAAGAGUUCUCAUAUGGGUCACCGUAGCGAUGGUGUGGUGUCAAGAUCUUUUAGAAGAUGUGUCUGGUGCCGUACAUGGCGGUCUUCCUUCCCAGGGCUUGGGCCAAUCCAUCACUGAUUCAAACCUGAUGUUUGAGUUCUUGUUGGGUGGAGUAGAGAUCGACAAAGACAACAACAUCGCUCUGCUGGACCUGGAGAUGGCAUCUAUGAGGCAGGGACGAGCUUUCCUGGCUCACAUCAACGACAACAUCCCCAAGACCCUCUCUUCUAUGGAGCAGAUGGUGAAGGACCUGGAGGACAAGAGAGGGCCUCUCCCUCUCGCCCAACCCCGCUUUGAGAGCCUCAUCCUGGGCAUGGUCUACUCUGCUCACCAGGCCAAGCUCCAUGAGAGAGAGAAGGACCAGGAGAAAUGGGGAGAGGUGCUGAUACGUCUGGCUAAUAUUACAGUCAACGAGCUGCGUAGACUGGAGACCAUCACAAUAUUCACUUAGAUUAAGAUACAGACUGUUCAUUAGCCUGGUCCCAAGCUUGUAAUUAUCUUUUUUAAUACAGUGUACAAAAGGAUAUAUACAGUAACAGUCAAACGUUUAGACACACCUGCUCAUUCAAGGGUUUUUCUUCAUUUUUACUAUUUCCUACAUUAUAGAAUAAUAGUGAAGACAUCAAAACUAUGAAAUAACAC